CGGCACUUUCGUUGACUUUCGAUGACCGGGCGACAACGUCGAUCCGUUUAUGCGGUCGAAUAACAAUUAAUAUUAGGUUUAUUUUCGCUGAACUGGCGCGAACGAUGGCGGACGACGACGUGAACGGGGACUCGGACGAGGUGCAGCAGGAGAAGUCGCAGAAAAAGGCGGCCAAGUACGACAGCGGCGCGGCGGACCUGGAGAAGGUGACCGAUUACGCCGAGGAGAAGGAGAUCUCGUCGUCCGAUGGAUUUUCCUGCGCCCUGAGCAUAAUCGGCGACCGUCGAGACAAGGAGGCCGCGGAGAAGAAGGCGAAGGAGAAGGAGCUGCUCAAAGUGUCCAUUAAGAAAGAGGACGUCGACUUGAUUAUGAAGGAGAUGGAGAUCAGUCGGAUCUUGGCUGAACAAACUCUCAGGGAACACAGGGGCGAUAUCGUAGAGGCAUUAAUUACGCUAACUAAUUGAAAUUGUACAGAAGAAAUUGGUCCUGAGAUCUGGUAUCGUAUCUCUGAAUUCCACUGUAAAAUAUAUUGAAUAACAAGAGUCCCGAGACUCUAGCUUAUUAAUACUUACUGACGUACGUUACAAUGUUUUCUAAGUAAUUUAUAUUUUCAUCGUUUUCUCUCGUAUCGCCUACUUGUUAAGCAAACGCGAGUGCUAUAAGUAAACAAUAAUAACAGUGAUGUAUUGUAAUAAGUAUAUAUAUAUAUAUAUAAAUAUAUGCAUUUAUAAUGUGUA